GGUUGGAUUUUAGUUGAUUGCUAGCUAUUAGAGUAUAUAAAGAUUUUCUAAGGCCUGGUUGUGGUGUGGAAAAUUGUUUUUCAUAAUACCAUUGUUAAAGAGCUUUUUAUCCCGCUACCCGCAGCUAUACGUCUGAUGAUAUAACUAUGAAUGACCACGAAAAGCAAACGCAUGGUGCUCAAUUCUCAAACACCAAUACCGAUGACGAUUCCCAUUCCCAAACCCCAAGCCCCAAUUCAACAAAUCCCGGCCCCCCUCCGGAUGGGGGAUUCACAGCUUGGCUGCACGUUCUUCUUAUGCACCUCGUCUUCUUCAAUAGCUGGGGUUUCGCAAACAGCUUUGGGAUUUUUCAACAAUACUACACCGUCAGCCUGUCUCAAUCUUCCUCAUCCAUCGCCUGGAUCGGUAGCGUUCAAGUAUUUCUCCUGUUAUUCGUCGGAGUGAUAGGGGGUCGAGCGUCGGAUGCUGGUCAUUUCCAUCUCGUUUUCAGGAUUGGUGUGUUCCUGCAAUUACUGGGUGUCUUUAUGACAUCUUUAUGCAGGAACUACUGGCAAGUAUUUCUUGCUCAUGGGGUCUGUGUUGGUUUAGGGAAUGGAUUGACGUUUUGUCCUGCUCUGUCGGUUUUGUCUACGUAUUUUGAGAAGAACAGGACGUUUGCUGUGGGCAUUGCAGCGGCGGGGGGAGCAAGUGGAGGUUUAGUGUAUCCGGCUGCUGUGCAUGUGUUACUUGGAGAAGUUGGAUUCGCGUGGACUUUGAGGAUUGUAGGGUUUAUUAUGUUGGCAGCUCAUGUCCCAUCAAUUUUACUCUUUAAGCCAAGAUUACCUCCUUACACAGCGGGUGCUUUUGUUGAAUGGACAGCGUUCAAGGAAUCUGCAUAUACUUUCUUUACCAUGGGGAUGUUCCUCAGUUUCUGGGGACUGUAUUUCGCUUUUUUCUAUUUGGGAACAUUCGCUCGCGACCGCUUGGGCGCUACGACUGAAACUUCCGUCAGUCUCCUGAUGAUUCUAAAUGGGAUUGGAAUCGCCGGACGCAUUAUCCCAAACCUCAUCGGAGACCGGAUCACUGGACCGUUCAACAUCGUCACCCCGUUGAGUUUUGCAGCAUGCCUUUUAAUCUAUUGCUGGGCAGCCGUUGAUUCAAUACAUGGAAUGUAUGCAUUUGCUAUCAUAUAUGGAUUUAUUGCAGCUGCCUUGCAGGCGCUUUUUCCAGCCACUGCUACAACUUUGACGACGGAUCCUGAGAAAACUGGGGUGAGGUUGGGCAUGAUUUUGAGUGUUGUUGGCUUUGCGUGUUUGACUGGUCCACCUAUCUCCGGCGCGUUGAUUCAGGCUGGAGGGGGAAGUUAUCUUUAUGCGCAGAUCUUUGCAGGAACAUCGAUUGCGCUUAGUGUACUGUGUCUUGCAGCUUCGAGGGUAUCAAAGGCUGGAUGGGGUUGGGUGAAGAUCUAGGUCUCCUAGGGUAAAUGAAUGAUUUUAGCAUCUUGAAUUAAGACUCGUUCUAGGAUAAAGAACAAUAGAUGAGAUUCCCAUAAGGCAAGAAAUAGCUAGAAUAGGAUCAUCUAGAAGAUUGAUAGAUCUGAAUUGUUGCUCUGUUGUAAGAUUCGUCGAACAAGUGAUAAACGAAGUUUCAGUGAAGGCCGAGGAUUAACCAACAGCCGCUGCGAAAUUACGUAAUGCACAUGCAGCA